GCAACCCGCAGGGCGGGUGCAAGGCCAGGGGAGGAGGCUGCCGUUGCCCCAGCAACAACCUGGGAGGCAGAAGGCGGGCGCGGUCUCGAAGAGAUCUGCGCCUCAGCUCUCUCGCUGCCAGGAAGGUCCUAGGAGAGGCGUGAGCCAGACCUGGGAAGUCAGCGCCUGCGGAGAGAGGGACAGGUCAGGCCCAUGAACUCCAAUCCCUGCCAGCGUUCUCGCCUCUCUUAACCGUUAGGGCAAUGGCUGAGGUGCACGUGAUCGGACAGAUCAUGGGGGCCACCGGUUUCUCGGAAAGUAGCCUGUUCUGCAAGUGGGGCGUCCACACAGGGGCAGCAUGGAAGCUCCUGUCAGGUGUGCGGGAGGGCCAAACACAGGUGGACACCCCCCAGAUAGGGGACAUGGCCUACUGGUCCCACCCCAUCGACCUGCACUUCGCCACCAAAGGCCUUCAAGGCUGGCCCCGGCUCCAUCUCCAGGUGUGGUCCCAGGACAGCUUCGGCCGCUGCCAGCUUGCAGGCUAUGGCUUUUGCCAUGUGCCCAGCAGUCCAGGCACCCACCAGCUGGACUGCCCCACGUGGCGACCCCUGGGCAGCUGGCGAGAGCAGCUGGCGAGGGCCUUCGUGGGUGGCGGGCCUCAGCUGCUGCACGGAGAUGCCAUCUACAGUGGGGCUGACCGCUAUCGCCUGCACACCACCUCCGGGGGCACCGUGCACCUUGAGCUGAGCCUGCUGCUGCGCCACUUUGAUCACUAUGGGGUUGAAUGCUGAAGGAGCCUAUAAGGAUGGCUGGCCCCCAGUCAUAUCUUGGGACACCCCAUAAGGGGAAGGAUGGUGCAGUGGUCAGAAGCAUGGGCUUUGGAGACUGUAUGCCUUGACCCAGCCAAGGCUGGUGCAGCUUCUAACCUGACUAGCGCCUCAAGCCCAGUGGCUGCCACUCCCAGUUCCAGUUUUCCCAUCUGUAAAAUGGGGGCAGCAGGUGUGUGGGCUCACAGGGGUUGGGUGCAGAGAAGCUGCUGGCACAUGGAAGGGCUCAAUAAAGGUGUGGUGCUUUUCAA